AUGCAAAAUUUCUCCAAGCUUAGAUACAUAAAAAAUCCAACCUAUAAAAAAUUUGGUUAUGUGGUACCUUUAACAUUAAGAUGGCAGUUUCUCGGCUUUAUGUCGAGCGCACGCAAGAUAUCAAUGUUAAGGACACAUUCGAGUAUAAAAACAGAUUAUUGCCCAGGAUGCGGUUCAAAAUUUCAAACUGAAGAUAAGCAAAAACCAGGUUAUCUGAUCGUUCCUUCAGCAACGCUUAAAAAACCUACAAUCAAACCCAAUUCAAACGAGUUAAAUAAUGAAGACGUUGAAAGAAUAAUUAGAUUAAUUCCAGAUGAUAUAAGAAAGAAACUUUAUCCAGAAGGUGAAAUUACACAUAUGAGUUCCUCGGAACUAAUGGAGGAACGAAAGAGUGAAAGAGUAACAGAUGAAAAACAAAAGGACGAAAGAAUCUUUUGUCAUCGUUGUUAUAAUUUACUCCACUAUAAUCGAGUGACUAGUGAUACAUGGCAAGAAUCAUUAACUACCGAUAAAUCGAUAUUGUCAUUUUUGAAAAAGAAGGAGGAUGCCACAAUCGUUACGGUAGUAGAUAUUUUUGAUUUUCCAGGAUCACUUUUAGAAAAUCUUGAUAGUCUGAUCGGUACGGAUAAACAAAAUAUUUUAGUUGCAAACAAGAUGGACCUUCUUCCUAAUGACGUAAACGAGACUCGAAUCAAACGAUGGCUAUAUGAGAAAUGCAAAAAAUUUGGGUUUACAAAUAUCCGUGAUAUAUUUCUAAUAAGUGCCAAAAAAAAUUGGAAAGUUCAAGAACUAGCGCAAACGAUGUCCACAAUUCGAAGUGGAUUCGAUGAUAUUUAUCUUAUUGGGAAAACAAAUGUUGGAAAAUCUGAAUUAAUUAAUAGUUUUUUAAGAUGUAUGGUAGUUGACGGAUGGCGACAUAAAGUGACAUCAUCACCAAUACCAGGUACAACUAUGGGAAUGUUAGGAUUACCGUUGACAUUAUUCAAAGAAACUUUUGGUGUUAAUCCGAAAGGAUUUCAUUUUCCACAAACAAGUCGACAUUUAUUUGAUACUCCGGGGAUCAUAAAUGAGAAUCAGUUGAUUAAUCUUUUAACUGAGGAAGAAUUGAAAAUCACUAUUCCUCAAAAGUACAUUAAACCGUUAACAUUCGCUUUAACACCAGGAAAAACAGUAUUUUUGGAAGGACUUGGGAGGAUAGAUUAUGUAGAGGGGCAAAAACCAAUUCGUAUUACUGUGUUUAGUAGAUUAAAACCUCAUCUUACAUCUAUAAGACGCGCAGAUGAGAUAUGUCAGUCUAUGGCAGUAGGUGAUCAAACAUUUUUACAACCACCAAUAUUUUCAUCAAAAAGAAAGGAAUUUCCAGCAAUGAUUAAAGGAUUAAAAAAAUAUGCGAUGAAAGGUAUAUCAGGAACAAUGAGUAUUAAAGAUAUAGUAUUUUCAGGAGUUGGUUGGGUUUCGGUUGGUGGCAUGUUUGAUAAGGCUGUUAUUGAUGUUUGGUCACCUAAUGGAAUGGGAAUUUAUAUUAGAGAUAAACCUUUGUUGCCUUUUGAAUUUAAGGGUAGAUAUGAAAGUCCUAAGCUAUAUUAG